CGCCAACAGGUUGUGGCACCGCCUGUAAUUACCACCCUCUUCUUGCCCCGUUUGCUUCCUCAUCCCUCCUCUCUCGUUUCCCACUAUAUCUCUUCCCAACCCAUCUUUCCUCAAUCUUUUUUCUUAUCGAACCCCCAAUCUUUCUCUCCCUCUCUUCAAAUUUACGCACUUUGACGCUCAUAUAUAUAUAUAUAUAUGUGUGUGUGUGUGUUUAUACCCAAUUUUCUCUCUCGCCCAAUUCCCAGAUUCUUCGACGUUUCUUUUAUCCCUCCAGGAUUCUUUGGAAAUCAAUUUAGCUUCUUUCCCUGUAUUGCAUUUGCAAUGUUUUCCUUCAAAUUUUAAGUUCUAGGGAUUGGUUUGAUUGUUUGUUUUCCGGUUUAUUAUAUGUAGUGUAUGUACUUGGGGUUGGGUUCGUCGCUAGUUGAACUGCAGAUGGUGUAGAAUGCCAGAGGCGAACAACCAUCAAGCUUCCAUUUACAGUGCCGACGCCAUGAACAUUCAACAACACCACCCCCACUACCAGAGAAACCAGAUCGAAGACGAUGAAGGAGACGACGACGUCGCUGGUGGAGAGUCCAUAGACAACCCUCAGAUCCGAUUCGAAUCUCACUCUCUUCCUGAUGGAAGAGCCGGCGGUGGUGGCGGGGUUUUGGACGGUGUGGACGGUGUUCAUCAUCCCCACCACAAUCCCCAUGUUAUGUACGUUCCAGGGUCUGAGAUUGUGCCGGUCGCCGGAGGUGGUGGCGCUGAUCAGCUGACUCUCUCGUUUCAGGGAGAGGUUUAUGUCUUUGACUCUGUGUCUCCUGAAAAGGUCCAGGCAGUUUUGUUACUAUUGGGUGGAUAUGAAGUACCCAACAGCAUGCCAACUGUUGGGGUGGCCCCUCAAAAUCACAGGGGUUUAGGUGAUUUUCCUGGAAGAUCAAGUCAGCCACAAAGGGCUGCUUCUCUGAAUCGGUUUAGGGAAAAGAGGAAAGAAAGAUGUUUUGACAAGAAAAUCCGUUACAAUGUUCGAAAAGAGGUUGCACUCAGAAUGCAGCGCAAAAAAGGCCAGUUCACAUCAUCCAAGGCAAUGGCUGAUGAUCUUGGUUCUUCCUCAGAUUGUAAUACAUCACAGGGUUCUGCACAAGAGGAGCAGGAAAUUUUGUGUACACAUUGUGGGAUUAGCUCAAAGUCUACUCCAAUGAUGCGUCGUGGCCCAGCUGGCCCAAGGACAUUGUGCAAUGCAUGUGGGCUUAAGUGGGCCAACAAGGGAGUUCUAAGAGACCUGUCAAAAAUGUCACCUUUAGGAGUCCAGGAUCUUACCGUAAAGGCUGCUGAACAGAGUGAAAGUGAAGCUAAUGAGUCGGAUGCUGUAACUUCUGCAGCUGACAUUAUCAAUGCCUCUAAUGGUGAUAUCUCGGCUGUGACUGCUGAACGGUAUGAAGCCUGAUGGGGAACUGUUACGUUCUGUGGGCACUUGAUCUGCCGUUCACAUUCCGGAUGCAAGUAUUUAAAUUUAGUCCGCCUGUAGUCGAAUCUGCAACAUACAUAUAUAUAUAUAUAUAUAUAGAGAGAGAGAGAGAGGGGCAUGCCCCAUGAAGAUAUAUAAACCUGAAGUUUAUUAUAGCUUUGCUGUUUCUCCUUUGUCAAAACCAUCAACCUAGCGGGGAAUGAAGAAAAAAAAAUAAGGCAGAGAGACUGCUGGAAGGAUAAGGAUAAGGUGGAAUCUUGGUUGCCUGGUAAGAGAAGAUGUGUUAUCAACAGUAGCAGCAGCAGCAGUAGUAAGUAGUAAAGGAUUCAGUUAUACUUUGCCGCCGCCCCCCCCCCCCCCCCCCCUUCCUCUUCCUUUUCGUUGUAUUGCUGUUUUUAAGGUCUUUUUAUCCUGUGGCAUGGCAUCUUCUGGCUGUCCGUUAUCGCUGGUUGCAUGAGUGUUAAGAACAUAAUUAUGUGGCUAAAAAACGAAAAACCAAAGGCUACCACUACUAUUACCACCACUAGUCGAGGCCAAGCCACCCAACCCGCGUAGAACAAUAAUCAAAAGCAAGCUCAACAGCUCGAGACUCAAGAGUUCCCGCUUCCAAGUAACUGCAACUAAUAAUAAAAAUUAACACUUCCAACACGACAGGAUCAACUGAGCUCUUGUUUUUCCUUUUGGGGCUUCAUAAACAAUAACGCAUUUUGCAUUUGUAAUUAAUUAAAUAUCAAAUAAUAUAUCAAAUAAAUAAAAAAGGAGACACACGAGGUAAGACGUAAGCAAUGGUUAACAUCUGACUUGGCUAUAGCACCUUGCUUUGGAAACCGGUGAAGCCAGACCCAGAAGAAGACAAUGAAGCUCACAUAAAUGCGUACCGCCACGGCAAAGCUUGCUCGGCCUAUGUCAAUUCUUUCAAACGGUUAAACAAUCAACGGUAAAUUCCUGUGAUGGAAUUCCGUCCUCCUCCGUUGGAAUCUGCGGAAAAAGAUGACUGCAGCUGCUCCCCUGCCCCCGAGUGAGCAGAUCUACCAGACUUUGGGUUUUUAGGAGAAGCUGCCCAUCCAGCCGUGUAGGGACCGGUGGCUGUUGAGUACAAGGAUGAUGUUGGUAGCCCGUGAACCUUUGGCAAGCCUGUUGUGUCAGUAGUAAGUGUGUAACCCCCCCUUUCCACCGUCACUGCUUCUAGGGGCAAUUCGUCCAAUGUCUACAAGGAACACAAAAGUGGUCAAAUUAUCCAACAGAUUAUCAUCUCCCAUAUCUGAUGCACCUAGGAUUCUUUUUGUGGGCUAGCUAAAAUCCAAAGCAACUUCUCAACGAAGUAUGUGCUACUGGUAAAGAGGAAGUGCUCUUACUCAAAUUCCACAAUGCAAUAAACAUAAAAUCUCUCUUCCAGAAUGGGGCGUCUUGCCAUCCAGUGUCUUGUUUGUAGCAACAUACAAGUGAUUCCCCCCCCCCCCC